UAGGUUCUAGUCCCUUYCUUGUUGAAGGCAGGUGACAGCAACAUCCAAGAUGGCGGAGCGGUCUUCAGAGAGAACAGCUUCGCGAAAGCCCUCAGACACAGCGUUCAAACAGCAGCGACUAAAGGCGUGGCAACCGAUUUUAACUGCUUCGACAGCUCUUCCAGUUUUCUUCGUCGUUGGAUUUGUUUUUGUACCGAUUGGUAUUGUACUUCUUGUCGCCUCUGAUGGUGUCCAGGAGAGGAGUAUUGAAUAUACUCAUUGCAACAGCAGCCAAACAAACAAAGGAUGUGAUGAAUUUUUUCACGAGGUCAAUAAUUCUGGCAAAACCUGUACUUGUGAAAUGAGCUUCAAGCUCUCAUCUGAUUAUUCAGGGAACGUUUUUAUUUAUUAUGGCCUUUCAAACUUCUAUCAGAAUCAUCGUCGUUACGUAAGAUCAAGAGAUGACUUACAAUUGAAUGGUCAACUACAACAAUCAGUAAACAAAGAUUGUGCUCCAUUUGAUAAGAACAGCAGUGGUACAUCAACAGCUCCAUGUGGUGCUAUUGCAAACAGCCUUUUUAAUGAUACUUUCGAGCUAUCUUACAUGAAGUCACCAGGCACUAAAGUUCCGGUCCCUCUGACAGACAAGAACAUUGCUUGGGAGUCCGACAGAACUGUCAAAUUCAAGAAUCCUUCUGGAGAUCUAAAGGAUGCUUUCAGCAAGUAUUCCAAGCCACGUGACUGGCAAAAGCCAGUCUAUGAGCUUGAUCCUAGUGACAAAAAUGACAAUGGAUUCCUUAAUCAAGAUUUCAUCAUCUGGAUGAGGACUGCAGCAUUCUCUACAUUCCGUAAGCUCUACCGUAAAGUUGUUCUGGAGAAAGACUUUAAAGAUGGACUACCCAAGGGAACCUAUGUGGUAAAGAUUAAUUACAAUUACCCAGUGACUCGCUUUGAUGGUGAGAAGCGGGUCAUCAUCAGUACCACCUCCUGGAUUGGUGGCAAGAACCCCUUCCUGGGUGUCGCUUACAUUACCGUUGGGGUACUGUGCAUUGUCUUGGGAAUCUGCUUUUUGAUUAUCCACAUAAAGUUUGGCAAACGCUAUCCAACUGUUACUCACAGGUUUGAUAGAGUAUUAGAGGAUUGUGAUAGUGAAGAACUUAGGCGUGUUGGUCUAACCACCUCCCGACCUACCCCCUGAAGCUCUUGUGUCUGAUUGAUUGAACUUGGCUAUCCUCUCAAGAUCCCAUGAUGUCAGUGUUUCAGGCACCUAGCAAUGAAGUAAAAUCAAGGCAUCGUUUUAGCUCAACCAAGUCAUCUUUUUCAAACAUCUACAGAAUGUUUGGUUUACCAUGCAACAAGACACAUUCAAAAUACACAUAUUACAGCCAAUUAACGUCAAGCAUGACCAGUAUGUCUCAUGAUUUGAUUGGACUUUUGGCUUCUUGAAAGUCUUGAAAGCUACAUUUGACUUCCUAGAAUUACUGGUCAUGCAUGAUGUAACUUUUGUUGUAAACUUAACUGAAUCUGAUUUAUCUACAAAGUAGCAACCAACAAAUUAAUGUACAUAUUUCGUAUCUCAAGCUGUAGAACAAUUUUUCCAGGUAUUGUGUAGUUCCAGAAAUCAUCCAURCCCACCCCACAGAGGAAUUUGGAAUUUCUGAAGAGUAGGGGGGUCAGAGAAAGAACAGAAAUUACAGAGUUUGUAUGGAAGAAAAUUGGAAUUUCCGGGGGGUAGGGGGGUGUGUUAAAAAAAUUCCUCCAUGAGGGGGUAUGGAUAAUUUUUGGAACUACACAUUGGGGACCGCUCAUUUUUUCUGGGCAUGAAUUUGAUUAAAGGGUUUCUAUAAGAAUAUUACUAGCUAUUAGAUAAUUUGUAAUUUUAAUAUUAUCAAGAAAUAUAUAUUACUAAAACAAUAAAAAUUGCCAACGGUUAAGAAUCAGGGACCACCACACACCACCCCACUCCUGCAAGAACCCAGCCUGUUUGAAUCGUACAAUAAAAUGAGUAAAAUUUAUAAAAAGCCACAUAGUAUCUAAUAUUAGAAUCAUAUUAUCAACAUUUUUUUAUACUAGACUAAAGCUUUACAAUUGUUAAAUAUUUAUUUCAUAACAGACAAAAUAAAGAUAUU